AAUAAAAGUAUAGUGAAGAUCUGCUAUAAUUGAAUCCUGAUUUAUAAUUUCAACACGAAGUAACAUAGCGUUAUCGGCUAUCGAGGAGAAUGGCUUCUGCUCUUGAAGGCUAUGUAAACAGGACCGUUUCGAUCAUUACUGCAGACGGAAGAAAUUUUGUGGGUACGUUAAAAGGUUUCGACCAGACAAUCAACUUGAUUCUGGAUGAUAGUCAUGAAAGGGUCUACAGUAUGACUCAGGGAGUCGAACAAGUCGUCCUUGGCCUACACAUCAUCAGGGGAGACAACAUAGUCAUGGUUGGAGAACUGGAUGAUACCAUAGAUUCAAGACUGGACCUCAAUAGCUUGCGAGCAGAGCCUAUUGGACCUGUUGUGUUUUAAUCUGUUCAAAAACUUGUGACAAGCCAAGACUAUGAUGUUUCAUGUGUUGGAAGUACCUAUUUCAAAAGUGAUCUUGAUUGGUAUUAUGUGAUAAUGGUUAGGAAUCACAAAGCAUGGCAAUGUGUGUGUGUUAUAUGCACGAGUAUGGUAAAUAUAUUUUUUUUUAACUAAUUACAUAAAAAUGUGUAUCAUUGACU